CUAUUUUUUCUAUAUUUGUAUAUUAUAGAAGUCAAUGUUGCAAGACUGGGAGUGGCCAGUCAGAGCUCUACCUAUAACCUUGACCCAAUGCCUGGUCCUGACCGAGCUAUUGAUGGCAGCAAGCAAGUCAAUUUCUACAGCCACCCCUGCUCCCACACCUCUGGUGACUUUGAGCCCUGGUGGCGUUUGGACCUAAAAAAGUCCUAUAUGGUCAAGUCUGUGGUUAUAGUGAACAGAAUGGACUGCUGCAGUGAGCGCCUGAAGGGGGCCCAGGUUCAUGUUGGGUAUUCUGAAAGCAAUGACAACCUUCUUUGUGGCACCAUCACUGAUGUCUCCCAAGCCAUAAUCACUCUGCACUGUAAUUGGAUGGAGGGUCGGUAUGUGAGUGUGGUUAUUCCAGGGCACAAGGAAUUUCUCUCACUGUGUGAGGUACAAAGAAGGGGAGACUGGCUGAAUAGAACACUAGAGCUUGUACACAAACUGGAGUAUGGAGUAGGUAUUUAGUGUUGUGUUAAUCAUAUAAAAUCAACAUUAUCAAGUGUGCUAGAUUUACACAACUAUUACAUAGUUACAUAGUUAAAUUGGGUUGAAAAAAGACAAAGUCCAUCAAGUUCAAACCCUCCAAAGUAAAA